AAAAAAGUGGCUUCUUACACUCGGCACGGCACGAGAGGCGUGCUUCCACACAGAAUAAGUAGCAAACUGCAGUGUCCGCUCCGCAGUCUGAGUACAUCGAGCACGGCGCUCACUUCGGAGAUAAAAUGGUCACGUCCACAAAGAAAAAAGUCGUUGUCGUCGGCGCUCUAGUUUUAGUCAUACUUGUUAUUGUGUUAUGCGCUGUGUUUUUGACCAAAGGCGCGGAAACGGGAUCUUUAAAAGAGGCGGUUGUGACAACUAAACAAGGAAAGCUAGCGGGGGAAUGGGUAACCGCAGAAGAUCCACAACACUUUACCUACGCAGCGUUUCGGGGGAUUCCGUACGCCCAGCCUCCACUGGGAAACCUUCGGUUCAAGGGGCCCAAGCCGUUCCCACCAUGGGAAGGCGUACGACCUGCAACCACAGAGGGAAAUCCUUGCUUUCACGAUGCCACUACAGGUUCCGAAGAUUGUUUAUACUUGAACGUAUACACACCACGAAUCCCAUCCGCCGAGAAUAAUCCUCAAAUGGCUGUGUAUGUAUUUAUCUAUGGUGGGGCAUUUCAGCGCGGAAGCAGUUCUGCCGAAGAUUGGGGACCAGAUUUUCUGGUUACCCAGGACAUUGUAGUUGUAACUAUGAAUUACAGAACAGGAGUAUUUGCAAGUUUGUCUCUUGAUACGGACGAGGUGCCCGGCAACUCUGGUAUGAAAGAUCAGCUACACGUCCUGCGAUGGGUAAAGGAAAAUAUAGAAGGUUUUGGAGGGGAUCCCUCGAAAGUGACUCUCGGCGGUCAUUCUUCUGGAGGCGUGCAUGCCAGUUGGCUAACUCUUGUGCCACAAACCAAAGGUUUGAUUCGAGCUGCUAUCAUACAAAGUGGCACAGCUCUCUGCGGUUUGUCAAUCCCCAAAACAAAUAUUGAGUUGGCCAAAUUGGUUUAUGAACAGCUGACCGGUACGACAACGGAUGAUAAAUCAGCAAUGACGAGCGUGUUCAAGUCUGCUGGUAUGUUGGAUCUUUAUUACGCCGGUGCAAAUGCAUCUUUGAUAAUGAAACAGGCCAAGGGCCUAGGGAUGGAAAUGGCUAUUGCCUACGCCCCAUUUAUUGAACAACGAGAACAAGGCGAAGAAGAGAAACUUAUCACAAAAGACCCUGAAAGUUACAUCAUUGACAAGGACGCGAACAACAUUCCCAUAAUCCUUGGCGAAACAGCGCAAGAAUGGACUUUGGCAUUCUCUCAGAUAGAUAUGUUUGGGAACGAAACAAAACUGAAUGAGCACAUAGCAAAUUUAACAACUUACGUGCCUAGAAGUAUUAUGCCUGGAAGCGAUACUCAAGAUUUGCUUAAAAUUAAAGAUUUCGUUCCUACGGUAAAUGUUGACGAAAUCGUUAAGAAACUUACAGAGUUUUACUUUAAGAACGAUGAUGACAAGCAUUGUGGAACCAACUGCAAAAUGGACAAGUAUUUGCAUCAAGCUGCUAUCAAGGCAGAUACAAGCCACUUUCUUCGGCUAAGGUCCAAGUACAUACAAGAGCCAACCUACGCUUAUGUGUUUAAUUUAAGAACGGAUUACAAUAUCGACCUUUCAGCGCUGCCACCCCCUUUCCGAUCUGACGUCGUUCACGCAGAUGAAUUAGGUUACAUAUGGAAGCAAAAACAGAACACGUACAGAUACGGAAACGACACCGCAGCAAUUGCUUCACGGCGCCUCGUCCGUAUGUUAGCAAACUUCGUCAAAGAGGGGAAUCCAACACCAAAUAUUGACGACGUUAUCAAUGUCAAGUGGCAGCCCGUGACGCAUGGAGCAGAGGAGACGUAUCUCGAAAUAACGGCGAACCUCGAAAAGCGAACGGCUAGCAUGGCCGACUCGGAGAUCUGGUCUGACAUUUAUUCAUCGUUUCGAGCAUAUAAAAGCCCAUGACUUGGCGCUCCCUUCAAAGUUGUGAAUCCUUUCGUUGAAAUAAAACAAAAUCAACUUUUGAAA